CUCGCUCUUCCUCUUCCUCUUCAUACUCAUCGCCCGCCGCCGCCGCCUCUGACGCUAGCUGCCUCACCCGCUUCUCGCCUGCGACUCGACAAACUGCCGGCGGAACGCGCGCGCGGCGCCAUGUCUACGCCUUCGGCGAUCUCCGGCAGGGACCCCUCGACGACGGGCCCGCCGCCGUCGCAGCUGGCCAUCAGCAACGGCGUGCUGCUGGCGGCGGUCAUCUUCCUAUUCAUGGUCGUCGUCUUCGUCUUCCUCCUCUACCUCUACGCCAAGCGCUUCCUCGGCGCCAACCCGCUCCUCCAACACGGUGGCACGGCCUCCUCGCGCUUCAUCUUCGUCGGCGACUCCCCGUUCCCGACCCGCGGGCUCCCGGCCGCCGUGCUCCGCUCCCUCCCCGUCGCCGUCUACGGCGCGCCCGGCGAGUCCCCGCUCGAGUGCGCGGUGUGCCUCUCGGAGGUCGCCGCCGGCGAGAAGGUGCGGACGCUGCCCAAGUGCGACCACCGGUUCCAUGUCGAGUGCAUCGACAUGUGGUUCCACUCCCACGACACAUGCCCGCUCUGCCGCGCCCCCGUCGGCUCCGACGCCGGCGCGGGCGAGCUCGUCGCCGCUGAGUCCCUGCCGCGUGUGCCGCGGGAGGACCCGGCCGUCGUGGAGUUCCCCAUGUUCCCCACCAACGUCCUCUUCUGGGGCACCCACGACGACGUCGCCAACACCGGCCACGGCUUCCCCGCGGCGCCGCCCCCGAUUGCCGCCGCGUCCACGAGCUCCUCGGGCUCCGCGCGCAGGAUGGAGAAUCUCGUGAUCGACAUCCCGCCGCGGCCGGUCGCGGUGGGCGCAUCGUCGUCCCCGUUGCCGGCGAGCAGGAUGCCGGGCACCGCAGCCGACGACCUGAGGUCUCCCUUGUCCGCCCGCCUCCGGUCGCUGCGGCGGCUCCUGAGCAGGGGCAAGCAUGCCGUCGUGGGCACAUCCAACUCCAGCCCGCGCGGCGGCGACGUCGAGCAGGGGCUCUCCAGCAGAGCCGACGCGCCUCGCCCGCCCAAGACGCCGAAGACGCCUCCAAGUUCAAAUUGAUUCGGAAAUUCCGUAGCUCUCAGACGAAUUGGCUCGCCUGGCCGAUCACCGGAGAGUGUAUUAUACAUGUGUUCAUUCUUUCUUCCCUUCCCUUCCCCUUUUUUCUCUCUUUCUGAUUUCGCAAAGAAUUUUGGCCAGAAAUUCUGAUGUAAGCAAAACAAGAUGGCAUUGCAUUGGCGUCAUUAAUUGGUUCGUUGAUCUUGGGAAAUGGUAAUUAAUGAAUUUGUUCGUAUGUUGAUGAGAUUGCUGUCAUAUCCAGUAGUGCCUUCCAUGCUUCAA